AUGAGGAGGGCUGUGCGGAUAGAGAGCCUGGCAGCUGACGCACACGUGCAUGUGACAGGUGUGCAGUCGCUGAUGGGCAUGGAGGGCACGUGGCAGCUACUCGUGUCGCCAGCUGGCGGCCGAUUCGUGGAGUCGUUUGUCGGGCGGCACAUCUGGAGCGUGUCGGGCUUUGCCGGCCAAUCAGACACCAGCGAAUCUGAUACCGAAUCUAGUGUUGCAUCGAGUAUCUCAUCCGAUAUCAUAUCAGAUAGCUUAUCAGAUAGCUCGUCUGAUAGCAUAUCGGACGAUGACAAAUUCGAAGAUCCAGUUUGCCGCCCGGAGAUCCAAUCUACGGUGUGGGACGUGGACACGGCCGGGCGGGUAUCUUCGUUGGAUCUGGACGACCACGAGGUGUAUCUGCUCUCCGUGUGGCUGCGCUCGUCUCUUUGGCUGCUGCCACCUGUCGCCAGCUCAGCGCUUGACAUAAGAGCAGUGGGCGGCAAAGAGGAGAUGGGGGAAGGUGGAUCAGUUUUUGGCAUUCCAAAUGGCAUGCGGAUGGAGAUUGAUGCACACGUGGCAGCUGAUGAUAGGGAGAUCUUGGCGAUCAACCUGAUUGGUCGAGAGGUCAUCAUGUAUGUGGCGGUGCAUCGCUCUGAUUGGCUGCCACGAGUGGCAGUGGUAAAGGCUUAUGGGGCGCUAGAGACCUUCACCUUCACUCAAUGGGCGCCUGUAGCGCCCGACUGCCCAUUCCUGCUGCCCGCUACAGUGCACCGGUCAACGUCAGCAGGCGCGCAGCAAUCUUUUACAUCUGCCCGAACCUCCUUGCUGCCGCCCGGCCCUGCCCAUAUCCUACUACAUGAGAGGGAAGCUUCCGAUUCUGAAUCCAAGGAAGCUUCCGAAUCCAUGGAAGCUUCUGAGGAACCUUCGCCCUUCUCAUUUUCGUACGACAUGCCGGGGUAUCAAACCGUCCCGAGCCCGCUGAGCUGCUUCCCAGAAGCUUCCUUUGAUGAGAGCGCACCUGCAGAGGUGGAGCUGUUUCAGUCCAACAGCGGGCAUCUGCUGGUGCGACCACGGAUCAACGGCCAGGAUGUGGGUGCGCCUCACAGUGCCUCUCCCAACCCCCCUUCUCGUCUUCUCAUCUUCCCUCCCUGCAGCUACUUCAUUCUGGAUUCAGGUGCAAGCUGCUUCACCAUCGAGCCAGCAGUGGCGGAUGGGCUAGGCCUGUCCAGCUUUGGCUGUGUGCACACAGUGACAGUUCACGGGCCGGCAGAGUGCGCAUUCAGACGAGCGGACUCGGUGCAGCUGGGGCCUCUUUCUAUCAACAAUGCAUUAUUUGUGGAUGUGGGAGGAGCAGCGCUGGUGCAGGGAGUGAAGCCGGUGGUGGGGAUCUGCGGCUAUGACGUGUUCCGACAUGCCGUUGUGCACGUGCAGGUGAGAGGCAGGGGGGGGGCAGGUGAGGGGCAGGGGCAUGUGAGUGGCUAUGACGUGUUCCGACAUGCUGUUGUGCACUUGCAGGUGAGAGGCAGGUGGGGGGCAGGUGAGAGGCAGGUGAGAGGCAUGGCAAUGCGCGUGGCAGGAAGGGGACUCUCCGGCUGUACAAACCCCAAGAAACCAAUGAAGCAUCCGAAGCAGGCAGCACAACAACAGGCCCCAUUGUUCCUGCUCUCCCUCUCCCCCCCACCAUUUGCCACAUCCCCUCAGGCGCGCGGCAGGAAAGGAACCCUCCGGCUGUACAAACCCCAAGAAACACUCAGUGCAUCAGAAGCAGGCAGCAUUGCAGCAGCAGGCAACUCGUUAACAGGCGGCACAGAGAACAGCGCAGGGGAAGCGGACAAAGGCGAAAUAUCCCGGCCGCAAACCACUGCUGCUGCCCUGGUGGAUGGAUCAGCAAUAAGUGCGCCUGUGCCUCCUGGUGUUGCCAUGGCUCAAAGACGGAGCAGAGGAGGGGCGAGAGGGGGAAGAGGGGCAGGAGGCAGGGCAGGGGGAGGGGUGGCGGUGGUUUCUGCUGCUGUGGUUGGAGGUCACCCCUCUGUGCCUGAUCUCGGACAAAAUAUCUACUGGGAGCCUUUGCGCAUGCUGGGAAGCGUGCCGCACAUCGCCAUCUCCUUCCAAGAGCACUGGGACUCCCCGCCCCUCUCGGGCCUCUUUCUCCUCGACACCGGAGCAGCCGGGGUAGACAUAAUCUUCAACGCGCGGGCAGUGGAGCGCUGUCAACUUGGGAGGAGGGCCAAAGGGGGGGACAGCUGGCUGAAAGGCAUGGGGGGAGCAGGGGGAGGGGGAGGCGGACAGCAGAUGACGGUGAGUGAGCGUGUGUGA